AUGCUUGACUCCAAGCACAAUGAAGAUAUAUCUGCUAGAGUUUCUCUUUUGGAUCUCAAAUCCUCGGAUUCAACAAUAUCGUCGUUGUUAGAGUCCUUUCGACAGGCGCAAAGCACAAAAGAUUUACAUGAUCUCAGCGAACGUAUCAAUGGUGAAAUAGAGAAUGUCGACAAGGCUUUAAACCAAUUCAUGAUUAAAAAGAAGAACAGACAUCAUCAAGAGAUCUCAAACAUAGAUUUGAAAAGAGCACGUUUAUCCAGCACAGUGAAUCAUUCAGACGACCUUUCAUCUUUAUUAUCGUCCGCAGAUGGACUAGGGUAUUCACUUACCUAUAAGAUCAAAUCGUUGGACCGCGAGAUAGGAAAUGUGGAUAGUACUCUACAGUUUGUCAAAGACAUUCAGCUUUUGAGAAAUAACCUUAAUCAGGCGAACUAUGCAAUCGAACAUAGUGAUUGGGUAGUCGCAGCUGAAUGCAUUCAUAACAUCAAAAGCAAUCUCUCAGAAGACCUUAUCAAUGGGAGAUUUGCAUCUGUAGUCAUUCCUUCCACGGACUUGCCGGAGUUUCCUAGUAUCACUCUCGAUAAAUGGAUUUCUCAACUUACUUCUGAAUUUCAGAAGAGAUUCAGAGAAGCUUCGAAGGAGAGGAAUGUGCCUGAGAUAACCAAAUAUUUUCAAUUAUUCCCCUUGAUUAAUCAAGAGAAGGCAGGACUUAAUUGUUAUUCGGAAUUUAUUGGGGAAAUUAUUAGGGAAACAUCAAGGAAUUUGAUUAGCUCUAUCACAGGCGAAGCGCAAUCAAACCCAGGGUUAUAUUCGACAAUUGCAAUUGAACUUUUUGAAAAUAUAUCGAUUAUGUUAUCUCAACAUGGUCCAUUAAUCAAGAAAUACUAUGGAUUGACUUAUGAGAAUGCUAUUGCCUACGUUGUCACCAGAAUACAACAUGAGGUAGAUUCCCAAAUCGGCUUGAUUAGCGACACUUUCUACGACGUUCGUAAGAUUGACAAAAUACUACAGGAAAUUGAUCUCUAUUCUUUCCCAAUACUAUCUAGAAGGCAAAAUGACUACAAUGAUGAAAAUAACCAAUAUAUUGAUGUCGAAGAUAAUAUAUCUCUUGUGGAAGUCGGCGAUUUGGUAAAUGAAUUAGCAUCAAUCUUACAUCAUUGGUCUCUAUACUCAAAGUUCAUUACUUUACAAUACUAUAAGGAGGAUAGUAGUGAGCUUAAACUACCUAACUUAAUCCUUGAAUCAAAUUUCACUAGAAAGAUACAUGAAAAGUAUCUUCCAGCUUUUGAAUCCAUGUAUUGUUUCUAUUUUAGACGGUCUAUUGAAAAGUCCAUUACCAUUGAGGAACUUCCAUCCCUAAAUUCAUAUUUAAGCUAUUCGAACACUAUCAAUUCACCAGACCAAGCUCCUUGUUCGUCUGUUAUAGAGGAUACAACUUUAAUUUUAAAUAAUACAUUGAGAAACGUAAUUGAUACAUCCAUACCUUCUACUGUGAAACGGUUUAUUAGGUUUACUUUCGACGUGAUACAAAAUGAUCUCAUAAAUGGUUUUUUAAUUAAAAAUUUAAAUAACAACCAACCCCGGUAUAAUCAGACAUUAGGUUGGGUUCAGACACCGGUAUCUAAUGGAGUAUUAAGCGCUUCAGUGAGCCCAGGUGCUUCAAGAAGUGGGACACCGGUACCUGAGUUGGCAAGCUCUGGAAUGGGAUUUUUGAAAGGAGCAUCAAGUGCAUUCGGCAAUGUCGUAGGCAGUGGUGCCACAUCAGUAGCUGCUAAUAACACUGGAGGCACUGUCAAUAGUCUAAAACUUACAAAUUUUGUGAUAUAUAUCAACACUGUCGCAAUGAGUCAAGAAUAUUUCACUAAAGUAUUUGGAAAUGUCACAAAGAGCGGACAAGGAUACUUGAAAUCAGUGUUUCCAUUUGGAAAAGACAAUGAAAUAAUAGAUACUAUAUUGAAGGAUGAUUUUUUGACGCCAUUCGUUUCUAUUACUAACAAAAUUACUAACGACAGUUUGAUUAACUUAUACAAUCAAUCAUUCAAAAACAAGCUACUUAUCCUUAUAAAUGAGUUUUUGCCUGAUUCAAACGAGUCAAAUUACAUAUUGUAUUCUUCAAGUAUGCUUAACGAUUCAAGUUCCGUCUUAAGGUUCCAUAACUCCUGGAGAGCAUUAAUUGGACCAUACAAGCAAACAUUUCACAAGGCUUUGUUUAGUAAAUGGAUGAGGUUAUUGGUCGUUAAUAUUGCUAAUUUAAUUGAGAAGAAGUUGAGAUUUGCCUUGAAGAAGUUUAAAGUUAACGAGCUUGGGUCAAUAAAGUUAGAAAAAGAUUUGUCUCAAUUAAUUAAUGAAGUCUGCGAAGACAAUUAUGAGUUGCGUGAAAAAUUUAUCAGAGUUACUCAAAUAGUAUUGUUGGUUGGAAUGGACGACGAUGAAUAUGAUAUGAGUACUCAAAAUGAUACACCUCCGACAGAAGAUAAUGACCAGGAUAACGAAUACUCUGGAAUAAACUGGGUUUUGACUCCUGAGGAAAGAAGACAAAUCAGGAGCCACCGAAUUUAG